AUGUUGUAUUUGUCAUAGAACAUGUGAGUCUUGACUGUGAUAUCUAGCAGUGUUUGAUGUUCACUUUAAGACCCGACUGAAGACGGAAGGAGCUAAAAUAUUCACAGUGCAAGAUUGUUGAACAUGAAACAAAAUAAUAAAAAGUCAUCCUGUUGUUGUUUUCUUCUUUCAGUGAUUCACACGCUGCAGUAUUUCCUCACUGCGUCCUCUCAAGUUCCAAACUUCCCAGAGUAUGUGAGUGUUGGUUAUGUUGAUGGAGUUCAGAUUUCUCACUAUGACAGCAACAGCAGGAAAGCAGAAGCCAAACAGGACUGGAUGAACAAAAUCACAGCAGAGGAUCCAAAAUACUGGCAGAGAGAAACAGAGAUCAAUGUUGUUAGUGAGUUGACUGGCAAACACAACCUUGAAGUUUUUAAGAAGCGUUUCAACCAAACUGGAGGUGUUCACAUUCUCCAGUUGAUGUCUGGAUGUGAAUGGAAUGAUGAGACUGAUGAAGUUAAAGGUUGGCGUCAGGAAGGUUAUGAUGGAGAAGAUUUCAUAUCGUUGGACAUGAAGACAUGGACAUUUACUGCAGCAAAACAACAAGCUUUCCCCACCAAACUCAAGUGGGACCAGAACAAACAUCUACUAGAAUACAAUAAGUUUUACUACACUGAGAUAUGUCCUUCUUACUUGAAGAAGUAUGUGAACAAUGGGAAGGAGGUCCUAAUGAGAACAGAGCUUCCAGAGGUGUUCCUGCUCCAGAAGACGCCGUCCUCUCCGGUCAGCUGCAUGGCGACAGGUUUCUACCCCGACGGUGCCGACCUGUUUUGGAGGAAAGACGGCGAGCAGAUCUUCGAGGACGUGGAGCACGGAGAGAUACUCCCCAACCACGACGGAACCUUCCAGAUGUCGGUGGCGCUGAAAGUGGAGGUGACGGCCGACGUGGAGGGCAAGUACGAAUGUGUGUUUCAGCUGUCAGGCGUCAAGGAGGACUUGGUCACCAAGCUGGAGAGAAGAAGCAUCCUGAGCAACGCAAGCCAU